GGACAGGGAAGAGAAAUGGCUGCAGUGGAGUCAGUCCAGGGGCUGGUGACCUUCAAGGAGAUGGCUAUGUAUUUCACCAGGGAAGAGUGGGCUCUGCUGGACCCCACUCAGAGAGCCCUCUACUGGGAUGUCAUGCAGGAGAACUAUGAGACUGUGACCUCGCUGGGCCAGAGAAUAACAUCCAUGUUUCGCUGCAGAUCAUCUCGUCCUCCCAGGGGCAAGGAAAUGGCUGCAAUGGAGCUGGCUCAGGGGCCGGUGACCUUCGAGGAGGUGGCUGUGUAUUUCACCAGGGAAGAGGGGGCUCUGCUGGACCCCACUCAGAGAGCCCUCUACAGAGCCGUCAUGCAGGAGAACUAUGAGAAUGUGACCUCGCUGGAUAAGGAUUCCUGUCCCUUCUGUUCUUGCAUUUCCAGUUUCCAAACCUGAUGUAAUCUCCCAGCUGGAACAAGGGGAAGAGCCACGGGUCCCAGACCUGCAGGGUUCUGAGGAAAGAGAGAUCCUGAGAGCUCCCUGCACAGCAGGUGAUGCAAUGGAUUGUGAGAAAGAGGAGCAGAAUUCUCAGCAGGAAAAUGUUAAGCAAGUGGAUAAACACAGAGAAUUGUCGCAAAGAUCGAAAAGGAAUGUGUCCAAGAGUCAUGAGCUGGGGAAAUCCUGUGAGAUUCAGCACGGACCAGAAAGAGAACAGGGAAGCCAGCCAAGGGAGAAAGUGGGUAAAUGUAUUUCCUGUCCAGGAACCCAGAAGGACCUUAAGGAAACCACAACACAGCAGGAAAUCCUCAGGGGAAAGAGAAAAAAUACAUGCACUGAGUAUGGGAAAAACUUCCGUGACUAUUCAGCCCUUAUUAGUCAUGAUAGAAUCCACACAGGGAAGCAGCUCUAUGAAUGCAGUGAUUGUGGGAAAAACUUCACUCCCAGAUCACAACUUACUAGGCAUCAGAUAAUCCACAGAGGGAAGAGGCCCUAUAAAUGCAGUGAGUGUGGGAAAAACUUCACUCACAAAGAAGCCCUUUCUGAACAUCAGAAUAUCCACACUGGUGUGAGACCCUAUGAAUGCAAUGUGUGUGGGAAAAACUUCACUCACAGAUCAUCCAUUAUUAGGCAUCGGAGAAUCCACAAAGUGGAGAGCUCUUUUGAAUGCAAUGACUGUUGAAAAAGCUUCAGUCAAAGAUCAGAUCUGUUUCAGCAUCAGAGAAUCCACACAAGGGAGAGACCCUAACACUGCACUACUUGUGGGACUACCUUCUCUUGACACUCAGACUAUGUUAGGCAUCAGAGAAUCUACAAAGGAGAUCAACCCGAUAAAAACCUCUAGGAUUACCAUUUUUUUUCUUUAAUACUUUUCCUGAUUCCCACAUAGUAACUUUUAAAGCUGUUUCACUGUUUGCAGCACUGUUAUCCCAGUUUGUCCAGUUGAUUGGCCCAUUUUUGCCUUUUGCAGUUCUCCCUGUUUUGAGGUGGACAAAUAGGUCUCUAAUUCGAGUGUGCCCUUCCUAUCGGGAACCAGGGAGCAUCACAUUAAUACCAUUCCUCCUCUUUCAAAGUUAUUGUUAGAAUGUGAUGUUAUUAAUAUGAACUGGGACCGUAUAGAUCAGUGGUAUCCAAUAGAAAUUCAAUGCUAGCCACACUUGUGGUUUUGAAUUUUUAUUAGCCAUAUUAUAAAAAAGCCACAUGCAUUGGCCACAAUUCAAUAGCCUAUUCACCAGAUGUGGCUAGUCGCGAACGUAUUGGACACUGCUGAUAUGGGUCAUUGCUGCAACUAAGGUCCUGUAGUGGAACCAAAUCUUGUAUAAAGUGGGUCGAAUAAGAUGUUUAAGACAAGGUUAUGAUUUUUUACUGGUUAUGUUUAUGCUAUCUCUGUGCCUGUAUCAUUUCUGUAUUUAAAGUUAUAAGUAUUUGCUCUAUACUGUCUGUAUUUCAAGCUUGUGCUAUUCUUCUGGGUGACACCCCAGACAAUUUGUCAACAGCACUGCCUUGCCUCCGUAAUGGCCCAUUAAGGACCAUCAGUUAUACAACUGACCUAUAGAGAGCUAUCUAUCGAUCUAU